CCCCAGCAACAGAAUUUAAUAAGUCCAGCAACAGCCACUAGAGGUGAUAGCAUCGCUAACGCGGUUGAGAUGUUCGAACCAAUGGUAGCACUUGGCAACGAACGGCGGGAUCAGUCAGGUUAGCCCAUUGGUCGGGCAAUCGCCAAGGGAGCUACGGUGGGACAACGGAUAAACAGAUUUCAAAGUUUCGAAGUGCUUGCAAUGUGGUGCGUAGUAAGCCGCUGAAACGUCAACGAGGUGAAACGUAUUCAAACUAUUUUGUUUCGUUUCCUGUGACAAAUCAUAGGAAAGAAAUUUAAUAUGUUUUUUAUUCGGAAACAGUUCGUAAUUGUGUUUAAGAAGAGGUAGUUCCACCGGUAUUUGUUGAAACAGAUUCUCUCCUUAAAAAGCACGGAGAUGGAUGAGGUAGAAAACGUAAAUAUUACCGAAACACCUCGCAUCACGAUAAAUGCGAGCAGUCGCAAUUCUCAUGAUAGUGUCGAUAGUGGUUACUUGACUCUUCUUUCACCGCCACCAUCACCGUCAGUGCCUUCAUCUUCGUUUAUAGCCUCCGAACCCAUCGAGGAAGAUGUGGAAAUGAAACUAGUCAUCGUGCCUCAGAGCACACCCCAGGUAACUACUUCACCUAGACGGAAGACACCACCACCACCUCCACGUAUUGUUAUCUCGCCGACCUGUAGAAAAGCUAGUCCCGCUAUUAGUUCGGCAGACAAUCAGAAAUUAAGCAAGCUCUCUAUCACAUAUCUUGCUGCUAUCAAACCAAAGAGGUUGGAUUUCAGUCAUCGCGUCAUAUCUGCUGCUUUACAUCAUAGUAGAGCUACUCCAGAUUAUACAGGUAGAGAAACGGUGGAUAUAUUGGCACUUCUUGGAGACAAAAGCAAUCAUUGGAGAAUAGUUUCUAAAAUAUUAUCUUUUCUUGGACCUCAGGAUCUUUGUUCCAUUAGUAUGGUGUCUAAAACAUGGAGGAGAAUCUGUUUCAGUGAUUCUAGGGCCAAUGUGAGAAGACUGACUCAUAUAAUACUCAGACAGAAUGCUAAAGAGAAUUUAAAAUUAAUCAAAAAAUCAAAAAUAGAAGGAGACAUUCAAAGCAGUCCUAGAAGUAGAUACGCUAGAAAAGGGUACUUAUUAGAAGUGCAGAAUCUUCUUCAAGUACAAGGAAAUAAACGACCACCUAGCAGUCCACCUGUUUCUCCAAGCAAAGUAAAAUUCCACUCUUUUGUCAAGGCUAGUCGUACACUCGCUCCUUGGGAACAUUUGUUACCGUGCCCAAAAUGUUCGUUUCCUUGUCACGUGGACGGCGAGAAGAACGUAGGAACGUGUUCAAGACAAGGUUGUUCGAUGGAAUUUUGCACCUCCUGUUCAUCAAGACCACAUACUGGUCCUUGUAAGACACCCCUGUUAGCAACGCCGACGAAGAGGAAUAAACGGCUGGUCAUUGGCUCGAAACAGAGCAAACGGAAUCUCAGGAGAUUAUAAACAUUUUCGUUAUUAUAUGUCGAGAAUGUUUUUGUUUUAAUUUUAUCAUUUUUCUUGAUAAAAUAAUUCUUCUCGAUAACAAUCUUUGGAAAUGGAGAGAACGUCGAGAAUUGUAAGAAAUAUAAUUUCGGGAUUAUUUUAAUUGUUAUGAUACGCAGUGUUUUGGAAAUGUGAAAUGAACAUCGUUAAUUUAAGUGGUUCGAUCAAUAAAAUGGAUUUUUAAAUCUGUACGUUAUAAAACUUUAAAAAAGAACUAUAAGAAAAAAAAAUAUUUUAAUCUAAUAUAGUUUUAAAUAUAUUUCAUAAAUGACCGUUACAUUUUUACAAAUAAUCAUUUUCAUUUAUAAAUUAUAAUUUAUAAAUGAAAGUGACAAUUAUUGAUAAUUUUAAAAUCAAACUAUAUUUCGAACCAUUUACGAUGUCCGUUUAAUCAGAUAAGUAUAUGGAGGAGAGAGGUAUCUUUUAGAGGAGGAAAAAAACUUUCAGCACUUUCAGUUACUUUUUUCUUAAAAAAAACAAACUUGAAAUUUAAAAACUCUUAAGACAACGCCUUUUUAUUAAUUUCAUGGUGAAUUAUUGGAAGGUUUAUUUUAAGGAAAUUUUAAGAAACUGCUAUUUGUUCAAAGUUCUUAGAGUUCAUAAAUUCAAAUUUAAAAUUUAACAUUUUUAAGAAUUUUUUCAUUUUUUUAAGAAUCAUAAAUUCGCAACGUGAUUGAAUGUUAACUUUUAUAUGAUUAAAAGAAUUUUUACGUGGCUCUUAAAUUAAUUGAAUCGGUAGUGAAACGUUUCAACGUUUCUCUCAAUAUUUUGUUCGGCAAAUCGAGAUGAAGAGAAAGGGGCCGAAAAUUGUCGAUUAAGAAGACAAAAAACGCAGAAAGAGAGAAAAAGAGAAAAUAUGAGAAAGAAUAUGAGAACCAAGUCGUAAAACUUUUAAGGGCAUAGGCCGACACUUUGCGUUGACCACUUUUUACCCAGUCAAACCCACCGUGUUUCACGACCUGAUGAAGCUAGCAGAGAGGUUAGUUAAAAACAAAGUUGUGUCUUUUUGAUCGACUGGUCUUCUUUGUUACGUGAACGCUCUCUUAUGAUAACCGUUGACGUCGGGUGUUAUUUACGAUGUGAUGUAUCUCAAACUUCUAAUUUCUCUUUGAUUAAGUCUUGGUUAAUUGGUGCAUUUUCUGUCCACUAAUUUCUGAGUUGUGGAAUUUCAAGUCGACAACUUACAAUGCAAUCGAAUCGCGGUAAAAACAUCGACUGAAAUAGAUCGUCGAAAGAAGAAUGAACGAUCAUUGAAUUUUAAUGAAAUGAAACGUUAAGUGUCGGCAGAAUUUUAACGUUCGUAAAAAGGAAAUUUAUAUUUGAUCGUGUCUUGUUUUUAAAGAUAUAUCGAUUCAAUGAAGGAUAAAAUGGUUUUUUUAAUUUUAAUCUUUUGACCAAGUUUCUCAAUAAUUUUAAUUUUAAUAUAUUAUUAAUGUGGACAAUGCAUUCUCUAUUUUAAUCUUUUGAUUAAGUUAUUUCAGUCUGUCUCACAUUUUAUUUUAUUAAUAUCACGAAAUUUAUUUGACAAUAAUAUGAAAUAAAUUUAAAAUGUCCAAAUAUAACCAUUUCUUCAAAAAAAAAAUUUAUUUUUAUUUAUUGAAAAUUUCUCUACUCAUGGUUAAAUUUUUAAUAUGAGUUUUAUUCAUUGGAAAUUAGUGACCACAUGUGAGCAAAAUGUACUUCGUGCAAUUUAAAUGUCGUCUUUUGUUCGUUGAAUCGUAAUUUCGAUACAUUUUCUUUUUCUCUCUUAUUGGUUAUUCCCCUCUUAAGGUGUGACCCUCUCUCCAAAGGGAACAAAGAAAAUUUGUUUCACGUGUGUACGUAUUGCUCCUAGUCUCAUAAACUGCGAGAUCAAAAAGAGGAUUGCCAUGACUCGUAGAAAGGGUCGCUCAAAAAGUAUUAUUGAAGUAUGUCUAGCUCUAUAGUAAGAUAAAAGUUGUGUAAGUAUGAAUGGAAAGAGGAAAUGUACAGUACUAGAAACUAGAGAAUGUGAGUCAAGUAUCGGGAGAUAAAAAAGGGUAGUAAUGACAAAAACUUUUUCAAUGAGAACAUCUCUUAUCAAUAAUGUAAUAAUCAUUCUUUUUUUUAUAUAAUAAUCGAGUUCAAUAUUGAUAUUCAAUUAAUCGAGAAAUUGCUAACAUUUGUUAAAUUUGCUAACAUUUAAACGAAUCUUAAAGUAUUAUUUUGAUAUUAUUGCUAUUGAUAUUCAAUUUUUCCAAAAUUACUAUUAUUAAAUUUAACGAUAGAAUCUCAGGUUAUAUUUUUUUCAACAGAGUAUAUUAUUUCUUUUGUCGAAUAAAGUUUCUGUCAAUAUUGCGCCCAAGGUUUCAACAUUUGAACCGGUACAAAAACGAGAAUACACUUUUGUGCCAUUUGUAAUUUACGCCAUAAGAAUUGCCAUAAUGUAUCUUGUUUUUUUAAUUAAUUUUUAUGCGAAAGAAAAGACAGAGGGACGUGUCAUGUUAUAAGAAUAAAAUCAGGUAGAUACUUCUCUCUUUUUUUUCACAUCUUAAGAGCCAUACUUUAUUUUUUACGUUGUUUCUAGUGUGCUAGUAUGCCACGUUGAUUCCGUACGUUCGUUUUAAAGUUUGAAUGUCCACUUUCUUUUAUUUAAUUAGUUUUUUUCGUUUCUUUUUCGUUUGAAUGUUAUUUUUGUACCGGUGUAUGCUGGACCGCAAAAGACUGCAUGUAAAUAACCAGCGUAUAGUAAUAUAUUCGUGUUCGGUUAAAUUUCGUGAUUGAUAUUCAUAAUUUCAUUUUUAAUUGAUCUUUUCAAACAAUGAAAUGAAAAUUUCUUUUAUUUUCUGCGGAACCAUGACAUAUAUAUUGGUAAAAUAUUUUCUUCAUUUUAUUCACUUUGUAUACAAUAAAAAAGAAACAUGAAAACAAUAAAGAAAAUAUUUUAUUAAGAAAUUGAUAUUUAUAUAAAUAAAGAAUUUUGAUUAUAAUAAGAUAUCUUAUUUUUCAUUGUAUGAACAUUUAGAAAUUUUUAAUCAAAUAAAAUUAUAUUGUAACUUUCAUCAUUAGUAAAGUGUUUAAAUAUCGAUUACGAAAUUUAUAUUUUGUAAAGAAAAAAAAAAAAAAAAGAAAAAGUUAUUAAUAUGUCUCUCUAAGCGAAAAUCCAAAUAAUUUCUAUGAAAUGUCGUGAAAAGACCUGUGUUUCGUUAAUUCCACAUGUUCAAUUAAUAUCUUAUUACUUUGUAUAUGUAAAUGCUCUCUAUUUAUUGCAGAAAUAUAUAUAAAAAAUCUUAUGCCGUGAAUUUAAAAAAUUCGUGGUGUGCCAAAAUUAUAGCUCUUUAUUUUAAUUAGUAGAAUGUAGUGAAUUUAUUUAAAAUUUUAUUGAUAUUUAAUAAUAAACUAAAAUUAAAAUUUUGCAUUCUUUUUCUUUACUGAUUAAAUUAAUUCUAAUAAUUUUGAAUUAUAGAAUAAAAUUUAUAUGAUUUUAUUUUCAAAAUAAAUAAAUAUUUUAAAUUCAUUAAUUAUUGUAAUAAUUUAAAAAAGAUUUUAUAAUUUUAUAUUUUUAUUAGAUAUUUAAGCAUUUUAAAAUUAGAAUUAUAUAGAAUGAUAUUUUCAAAAAUUUUUAUUUGUAUUUACUUUCAUUUUUCUACUUUAUUUUUUUAGUAAAAUGAUGGUUUUUUAGAAGAAAUUAAUACAACAUAUUCAAGAGAUCAAAUACUUAAUUAAAAAAAUAUAAGAAAACAAAUAUUCACAUUUUAUUAAACAAAGCAAAUUUGAUGGCUUUUGUUUAAUAUAUGCUGAAUUUUUUAUUUUUCUUAUAAUUACUUAAUAAAGUAUUUUUAUUUAUAUGUAACUUCAUAUAAAUUUGUGAAGAAAUUCCUUUUGAAUAUGUUGAAUCAAUUUAAAACAUUUUUUAUAGAAUAGUUUUUAAACAAUUUCUCAAAACUUUAAAUUUUUAUAAAAAAAUUUUAAUUUUGUGGUAUAGUAUAAUAUUUAGUAUAUAAUAGCUCAUAUAUAUGUAAAUAUAUAUUUAUCUUUUAAUAUAAAUAUAAUUAAUAAAUUUAAUUGCAAUGAUUAAUUUUAUAUAGAAUAUAUUAAAAUAAGUUCACAUUAAUAGUCAAAAAAAAGAAUAUAAAAAUUAAAGAAUAAAUUAAGAAUAGGUUGAUUUAUAAUGAAAAAAUUGUUUUGCCUUUAUUAUGUAUAUAUAAAAAGUAAAUUAGAAAAUUAUUCAAUAAAAGAGUUCAUUAUUUUUUAGAUAUUUUUCUAAUAAUUCACGGCAUAAGUUUUUUUUAAUCAUUUCUAAAUUAUUUAUCAUUUAGUAUACAAGAAAUAAUAAAUUAUUUCUUCAAUUGCUUAAUAUAAUUUUGCAUGAAUAAUUUUUUGGUAAACUAUCCAUAAUUUUCUUUGUCCAAAGUUAAUUAAAAUAAAACAUCAUUAUAGAAGAACGUGGACACAACGAACACGCGCGACAUUUCUGUGAUAUGGGACAAUAUCAUUCCAGUGUAUGUAAUAUUUUUACUCUAAUGAUCAAUAAUACACGCUCAAAGACUUAAUCAAAAAAAUCGAAUGUAUUGUAUGUACAUAUUGUAUAUAUUGUUCAUAAAUAUUUGUAGGUCAACUGAUGGAAAUUCGAUUAAUUAUAUAGUAUUUUGUGUACUGUCGCCUCGAAAACGGUAAAAAUAUAACAAUUGAACGAUAUGGUAAUAAGAAAUAAGAAUUCAGUGCGUUUUAAUAUCAAGCUAGAAGGAUGCCAAAAUUUUUUCGAACGAGGCUGCAGCAUUAUUUUUUUUAUGUAUACCAGAGAAUUAUUUAAAAUUUGUAACAUACCUGAAAUUGAAGUUGUAUACUCUCGGCAGGAUCUCAGUAACUCAAAAGUAAUCUGUAUAAAAUGGUGGCCUUCAAUACUGUGCAAAUAUGUGUCCGAGAUAUAUAAUUGAAUUAAGAUUAGUGAUUAAUGAUUUAAUUAUUUUUUAUCGUUAAUAUAAGAAGAAAAAAAUAAUGUGCCUUAUAUUGAAGUUGCUUUGAAAAUAGAUUUUACGAUAUUCUUUUUAUAUUAACUUACUUGUUAUUUUGUAUUAACAAUGAUGAUUGUUAUAAUAUGAAUUUAAUCAUCAAUAAAAUGAUAAUUAAAUUGUUCAAUUGCUAAUCUUAAUUUAAUACUAUAAAUAUAUAUUACUUUUUGGAGGAUUGAUGCGAAUAAAAAUGCGAAGUUUCGCAUUGAAUGAAAUAAAAAUAUACAAAGAAAAUUUAAUGAAAUAAAAAUAUAUUUUUUAAAAUAAUCGAAAUUCGAAAUUGUAAACAAUAUCGGAAAAAUGAAUUGCAUUAAUCUAAGUGAUUUUUAUAAAGAGAAACGUAUGUAUCAAGAAAGUAAAUUAAUCAUCCUUCAAAAAGUCAAACAUUUGCUCUCUUAUUUAUCGAUUUAUGUUAUUAUAGACAUUUGCAAAAAGAAUGUAUGAAAUAUUUUUUUAUAAACGGGUGUAUCUUUAGGUCCGUUCCGUUGAAUGUUUAAACGUUACCAAGAUCCAAAAUAUGUAAAGUGCCAACAUAAUAUUAUAAUUUUUCGUUAUAUCGUAACAUGAAAAAUAAAAGAGAUUUUUUUGGUAUUCUUUUAAUAUCUCAAUUUAAAGAUAAUAGUAUAAUGAAAUAAAUAAAUAAUAAUAAAUUGUUAAAAAAAAUUUUAUAUUAUACAAUACACAUUUAUUAUAAAAAUUUUUAAAUUUGAAUAUAAUGAAAAUAAUAAUAAUUUAUAUAUAAAUUAUAAACAAAAUAAAUGAUCGAUGCAAUUAAUAAAAAUAUUUGAUAGAAAAAAUUCCAAAAAUUUGAAAAUUGAUUUUAUGCUUAUAAUAAAACAUUCAAGCAAAAUAGAAAAAAAUUUGUUUUAAUGCAAUUAUUUUUUGUUAUAUUUAUUGUAUAACUGUGUAAAUAACAGUUUGAAAUAUAAAUGAGUAAAAUAUAUUAUGCAAAAGAAAUGAUAUGAUUAUUGUAAAUUCAAUUCUUUUUAAUUCUUUUUAUUUUUUACAAAUAUCUCUUUUAUUAUUUCUGGCGAAUUACACAAUUUCAUCUGUGAAUUUCAAUACUCAGGAAAUACUUUGACAAUAACUACACUCGUUUUAGAAUAAGCUACUUAUUUUUAAUAAUAAUAAGCUACUACUUUUAAAGUAAAGUAUUUUUAACGAAAAAUAAAACCUUAGCGUCUAGAGGGACGGUACCAAAUAAAAGAGCAUUGUUAAUGCAAUAAGUUAAGAGGUUUAUGUUUCCUUAGCGAAUAUAUUGUCUUAGCAAAUAAUUUACGUAUUUUUUUUAUUUCCUAUAAUUAUUGUUUCUCGAAAAUAAGUUAAUUCGAGAAUGCUCAAUAUUUUUUUCUUUUUUCUUUUUUUAUACUAUUAUAGUUCUGAAUAUGUUGAAUAAGUUAAAUUAUAUUCGGUAUUGUUUGAUUAGAAAAUUAUUAGCAUACUCGGGUUGUCUUGAUAAAAUUUUGUAAGCCCAUUCAGGGCAGGUUCCUGUAUUAUUUUGUCAAUUGAAAUAUAAUUAAUUAAUUAUUUA